ACACUCACAGUUUGGCUUUAGUGUCCAGGAGUGUGAAGAUCAGGGAAGAUCAAACUACCUACUGUAGGUUGACCCCUGAGCCUCCGCGUCUCCCCUUCAAGGAUACAGGUCGCACACUAGGGACACCAUCACAGAACAACUAGGCUACAUCACGUCUCCUGUAUGUGUUUACAGAAGAGUGUGUUUCCAACCUUGCCAAAGCCACAAUGUCACAAUUCUGUACAAUGCCUACUGGAGAGAGGAAGAAGCGUGCCGCAGCUAUUUGCCGAGAGGUCCAUGGUACCAAUGGGGACGUAAUGGAUCUCGGAAAGAAGCUCAGCACUCCUAAAGACAUUAUGUUGGAGGAGUUAUCGUUGCUUUCCAACAGAGGUUCCCGGCUUUUCAAAAUGCGCCAGAGGAGAUCUGAAAAAUAUACAUUUGAAAGUAUCCAAAAUGAGGCAAAUGCACAGCUGAAUAAUGAUAUUUUAUCUAAGAAUAUACACACGGUGGAAAUUAAAGUGGAUGCACCAGCUGAUGGAAAUACUGCUAAUCCAGAAAUCACUGUUUCAGACACGACUGCAGAGAACGCCACAGCUAUGCCCAAGUCCUACCACUCCCCAUGGGAUCAGGCAAUCCUCAGUGACCCCGACCUCGCAGAAACUCUCAAACUGACAAUGUCAGCACCAGACCGACAACCAGAUCUUCCUGAGUACAAAAGCUUUAACCGGGUUGCCACUCCUUUUGGUGGCUUUGACAAAGCUCCCAGAGGAAUCACAUUCAAGCUCCCCGAGGUGGACCUGAACCCGCCCAUGUACCCAGAUCUGCAGGAGCCGGGGGUAAAGCGACCCACUUUCAACAGGACGGCCCAGGGGUGGAUAUCUGAGGGCACCCAUCUUAUCCUACCCACUGUUAUCCUGGAGCCCAACAAAAUUCCAGAGUCUGAUGACCUGUAGAUGGUCUUACUGUAUAUUAUGUGGCAACAUAAGGUUGGCUGUAGUAUUUUGGCCCCGCCUGUGAUGACAGCAAAACAGUCGUUUAGUAGCACAGUCACAAUUCCUUACCAAUCUUUUGAUUGAUCCCCCAUUUAAUU